AUGAGUUUUAAGCCGUUCAACCCAGCUUUCGCUCGCAUCACAGGAUCGAGGCCGAGGCUUGAAGUAUGUCUCAAACAUACAGCCUAUCCUUUUGCACAUGAAGCAGGCGUGUAUCUUCCUUCCAAAAAGCAGCUUUUCAUUACGAGCAAUCGCAUUCAGACUGAGGACGGCAGCCAACGGAUUCAGAUCUCAAAAAUUUCCUUGGAUGGAAAAGAUGGCCCGGUACAAGAGGAAAUCACACCUGGUAUUCCCAUGGCGAAUGGUGGGGUAAACUAUAAAGACGGGAUUCUGUUCUGUAGCCAAGGGAAUAUGAAAAAGCCUUCCAGUUUGAUUUUCAUGAAGCCAGACGCCCCUUAUGAGUGUGUGACACUCCUGGACAGCUUCUAUGGGCGGGAGUUCAAUUCUAUCAACGAUGUUGUCGUCCAAAGUGAUGGUUCGAUCUGGUUUACGGAUCCCAUAUACGGCUAUGAACAGAAAUUUCGACCCAGGCCACAGCUUCCUGAUCAAGUUUAUCGAUUUGAUCCAAAUACUGGAUCGGUUCGAGUUAUGGCCGAUGGAUUUGGACGGCCAAAUGGCAUUUCUCUCUCUCCUGAUGAGAAGAUCGUCUACAUCACAGACACAGACCUCAUCCAUGGGGAUGGGACGGUUGAUAAAAGUCGUCCAUCUACUAUCUACGCGUUCGACAUUUCUCUGUACGAUAACGAACCAUUUCUCAUUAAUCGUCGUGUAUUCGCGAUGGCUGAUGAUGGUGCCCCCGACGGAAUAAAGUGUGAUCUUCAAGGAAAUGUGUACAGUGGAUGUGGCGACGGUAUCAAUGUUUGGUCCCCGGGUGGUGUUCUUUUGGGGAAGAUUCUCAUCCCGGGUGGAGUCAGCAACUUCUGCUUCGGAGAUUCAGGCAGUAUCCUAGCCUUGAAUGAGAAUAAGCUUUGGUGGAUUACUCUUGCUGUAUCUUGUCGUGGAUCACUUCUGAAGCUGUAA